AUGGAUCCAAGCGGAGAACGGCAUUCACCUCUCUUCUGCCGAGUUGGUGACACUCGGACCGUUAAGGUUCGCAGAGCCAUUCUCAAUGUCAAGAAGAAAGCAUUCGGGGACGGACGUCAGGUCGAGGCUGAUGAUGAUGCGGAGGAGGACACGAAACUCGUCAUUCAUGACCUCGAGUGCCUCAACGAAAUCGAGGAGCUGCGCGGGGACCUCCAACGCCUGAGGCGCGAGGCCACGGGGCUCACAGAGUCGCUGGUGCCAGAGACUCUUCCUCGUUACACGGCGCUGCUGGAGAAACGUUUCGAGUCCUCCACCGCCGCCGUGCUGGGCAGUGCCGAUGUGCCCGAAAGCCUUGCAUUGGGCAGUGAUGCGACUUUUGGUCCCAACGGCUUGUGCGAUGCGCCGAGCUUGGAACCAGAAGAGGAGGUGGCAGAUGCAGAAGAGGAGAGCAUCCUCCUUGUGGCGAAGUGCGAUGCUGUGCUCAGCGCUUUGGUGGAGCUUUCGGGAGGUGCCGCCCAGGGUCUCUUCAGCGAGGUCUGGCGCGACGAAGAGCAGUGCGAGGCCAUUCUGAUGCGCUUCGCCGCAGCGUGGGACGAGCGAUAUGCAGCCCCAGUCCAGCGGCUCUUUGCCGCCAGCGCUGAUGCCCAAGCAGCUGCCUGGGGUUGCAUCCAGCGGGCUUUGCUCUUGAACUUGCUGGAUGCCGCGGAGUCUCCGGAAGAGUCCAUCGAAGUGGAGACACAGCACAACUACAAGUGUCAUCAGAAUGUGGUCUUCAAGGUCAUGUGCCGCUCUGCUUCCCGGUUGCGUCUGACCUUCGAUGGGCAGUGCCAUUCCAACGACCAGGACACGCUCUCGAUUUUUGCGGAUGCCAAGCUCAGUCGAAAGCUGGCAGCCUGCUCGGGGAAGCAGCCUGGUUUUGGCUCGGUGGUCCAAGUGUACGGCAACUCUGCUUGGUUUGUUUGGCGAUCGGGCAGCGACCGGCGAAGAAGUGAUCGCGAUGCUGGCUAUUGGGGGUGGCGCAUGGUGGUUGAUGUUGUCCAAUGCCAGGCGCAGAAGGAGGCCAAAGCUCGGGAGUCUCUCGCUCCCCUCCUUCGGCUCCUACGCGGUCUUCCCAGCGCCUCGGCACCCCGUCGCUCGGCCUUGGCCUCACUGCUUUUGGCCGUGGCGGGCACGGAAAGCUGCAGGAUGGCUGCUGACUGCUUGAAUGCAAUCCGCCACUUGCAACCCCUGACCUGGAGCGAUGGCGCCAUCGCUUGUCUCCGGCGCUUGGGUCACCUCGCAUCUGGAACGCCUGGCGGUGCACCCGCGUUGGCCGCGGUUGUGACGCUGCAGCUUUCUUGCGAUCCGGCUCUCGACUUGAAGAUGGAGCAGAACCUUCAGAACUAUGAGGAUGCCGACGUCGCCCACAAGGAUCAGGAGAAUCCAAGAAGAGACUGGUACUCCGAAAACUUUUGGACCCGGCAAUCCGUGUUCAAUGGAGAGAGCCCUGUGCCCGUCCAGUGUGGGUCAGUGUUCAGGUCCCCUGUGCUGUUCGCAUUCUUCUGGGGAGAAGCACACCCAAGAACGGCUGUGCUUCCCUCGGCUGAGGACGUUUUUCAAGACCAGCUCAGUCAGCCUAGGUCCACCGAGGAUUAUGGUCAGCAAGUCUCCUACUGUCCAGGUGGUGUACUGCUAGGCCUCGUUGGCGCAGAUGGCGGUGAUUGGUGGCAGCAGCUGAACGAAGAGCCGCUGCCCUUUCUAUUGCCCGGGCAAGCGCUGACCCUCACAUUGAGGACGCUCGUUGAUGCCAACCUCCUCCCCUUGAGCCAAGAUGACAACUUGAGCAUGUGCAAUGUUGAUACCGGGAGAUAUUUCAAGGGCGCCCCUGACGUGGAUGCCUUGGUGCGUGAUGGCCUAGCAGCUCGGUUGCCAGACGUUCAUCAACUGCCCGUGCACUAUAGAUGGCGCCGGGACGGGUACAACGUCGGAGAAUUAAAUGGCUACACAAGAGGCGUGAGCUUCGGAUACGCUCAGGGGAAGGCAGAUGCCGAGAAAGCCGCGGAAGAGAUGCAAGCCGCCCAGAAACACAAAGCCGAAGAAGAUGAACUAGCGAAAGCACGGAAAGCUCUAAUCUGGAAAGUCGUGGCGGGAGGCCUCCUGGCUCUGCCCACUGGCGGCCUCAGUUUGAUCCCUGCAGCAGCUUCCACUUUGAUGACCUUUCAUAGGUACGACGGUCAGAAGCUUUACAACGCAAAAGCUGAGACAGAGAAUCCGGAACCAGUUCUCGAAGCCUCUGUGGAUGUCAUAUGCGUAGUUCUCGGAAAAGGAAGCGAGAGCCGAGACUUUUUUCGGAUUGUUCGCCUUGUGAUGCUCAAGCUGGGCGCGAUACUCUUUGAGGUCAGCGAUGCUCAUUGUGUUCAAGAUGUCCUUCAGCUUGGGGGCUGUGGCACUACGCGACUGCACCAUCAAGUCAUAGCACUUUUUGAAGCCGGUCUCGUCAAGGGCGACGGUGUGCUUUUUCUUCAAGGCAUCCUUCUUGACGGGAGCACCUCCACGAAGCGUUGGGCGAAGCUCAAGCUUAGUGAAUGGCCAUCAAUUGCCGUAGACCUCGAAGAUGGACGCCGUGGCUAUUGCAAAGGCCACGGCCAGGGCCGAGUAGCGGUCCUCCCUGAAAUAGCGCAGAGGUGCCUCGACGAAGGUGCGCGGCUUUCUGCGGAGGCCUUGGCCGAGACUCCCCGGCUGCAGAGCGAUGCAUCACGGGCUUGGCUGCAGCUGGUUCCGCUGCGGGAAGUGCACUGGUUGGCCCCGGAAUGGUCCAUUCGGUCAGAGCCCUGCCGGACAUUUCGACCUGGCCUUUGGCGGAUGGUGAGGGCUCCCAAAAACGGAGCUCCCUUCGCCUUGUCCCUGCGGCUCCACGACGACGGCACCGCCGAGCUGGAAGAAGAUCCGGAUCGCCCUUCCACGGAGCCGGAAGCCAGCCCAGUGCCGCCCUUGGGUCGUACCCGUGCGGAGGCACCGUCUCCUACAUCUGAUGCUCGCAGCACCGUGGAGGUGCCCCUCGAGGUCGCAAAUGCCCUGGUGCUCCCAGAGCCCGCCGAGACAUGGGAGCCGGCGCUCGGCGAAUCUGUCGUCUUGAGCCGGCUCUUCGAGGGGGAAGCCGAUGCCUCCGGCGGCCCUUUGAGACCAGGAGAUGUGGGCCGCAUCAUUGCAGUCCAAUCAAGGGACCGGCUUCCUCUUCAGGUGCAAAGCUCUUCUGGGGCAGCUUGGUGGUACACUUUCCGGGCCCUUGUCCCCACGACUAGCCUACGGCCCGGUCUGCGAAGCUUCCGCUGGACAUCCCUGAAAGGGGCCUGGCGCGGAAAGCGCCUUUGCUGCCGGCUCUCAGAUGGAGCUGAGUGUUGGCUGAGCUCCGAGGGGAGGCCUGCAGUGGAAAGCGAAGUUGAGGCUCUCUGGCGCAACGAUCGGAGCAAGGAGCUCUUAAGGGGCUGCUUCCUGGAUGCGGCGGUCUCCGCCAUCAUCCUAGGGCCUGGCGAUGAUGCGGAAGGACCCUGCUGGCUCUUUCCCUGUCGGCAGCCCCCCGAAGAGGAAGGUGAGCCGCUGGGUGUACCAACCACAGAGCAGGUCGUCGAGGUCCGGCGGCGACCUCUAUCUGCAGCCCAGACAGUGAGCGUCACGUUCACUGGUGCUGAUGGCACGGAGCUUUGCCACGAGCAUGUGCGGGUAGAUGCUGCCCACUGGACCCCGCGAACUUUGUUCCUAGCCGGUGGGGAGUAUGUCGCGGAGGUCACGCCGACUUGCGACUUUGUCGUCAAGUCCUGCCUUCCCGAUCGAGCCGCAUCGGAUCAGCUGGAAGUUUGGGCAAUCCAGGGCCGCGUCGAAGCCUCCCGGCUGGUGCUGCGGCGCCCCCGGUCCUUCGUGCGCCGCAAUACCCAAGAGCCUCGAUUGGCAUCUGUGGCGCCAGGCCGAUGGAGCGGCUCGGUCACGCGUUUGCUCGGCAGCUCACGCCAUUUGGUCGAGACAAGCGUCGUGUUUCUCCACGGUGGUGGCUUCGGGGAGGGCAAGCUCAGCGGCUAUCUUCUCAGGCAAGAUGCGCUGCGGCACCCACCAGACUUUCAGUGGCGUGUUUGCCAUGGAGACACAGAUGCCGAAGGCGCCGCCGACGACGCCGGUACGCUUUCGCUGCCGCGGCUGUCGGUAAAGGCGCUGCCAGGAGGCGCCCUCUUGGCUGAACUCAGCGGAGGUAUCGCCGGCUUUGCUGGAAGAGGCAAGGCGCCCCUGGCUUUGAAAGGGUUCUUGAGGCAACGGAGCGAGGGGCUGGAAUUGGCUCUCACCACGUGCGACUCCUUCGGCUUGCCCUGUGGACCCAUCUCUUGGUUGGAGCUGCGGCUCUUCUCGAGCUUUCGAUGCCAGGCGCCCUCAGGAGCUACAGCCGACGGAGCCCAGCUCUUGUACCAACCCAGCAUCCCGCUUCUGCGACAAGAGUUCCACCUUGUCCCCGUCAAGGGCGAGGCUUCCACCAAAGUCGCAGUGGAGCGAUUACGAGGAUCUGCUUUCUUGGCCUGGCUCCGCCCGGGCGCACUGGGGGCGGAUCGCGAGGAGGAGCUUGCAGGCCCGCUGCCUGUAUUAUGGCCUCCCAACGAUGGCGUUGAGAUCGCUUGGCACUGUGAUGGGUCCGUGAUUGCCGCAGAGCCUGCUCCUGCCAACGCCGAGAGGAGCUGGGGUCCUGGCAAUCGCUUGAAGAUCGAGGACCGUCAGGGCACAUUGCAUCUCCUCCGUGACGACGAAGUCGUUUGGAGGAGUCGCCUCCAGCGCGGGAGCUCCUCGCCCACUUUGGCGCUGGCUUUUCGGGGCCCUUCCCUGGUACGCCUCGAGGCAGAGGAUCCGCAUGCGGGCAGCGGCGCUCCUGCGGUUUCCUUUCGCGUAACGGCGCGGCCUCGGAAGACGAGCUUGGAGGCUUUGGGCGAUUUGCAGACGGAGCAGCUAGAGGGCUUCCUUCGUCUUUUGCACUUCCCCUCGCCGGCGCGGCUGCAGCCGUCGCUGGAAGCCUUAGCAUCCUCGGCGAAGGAGGGUUCCAUGCCAGACCCGGCCGAGUUGAAGAACCUCUUUGGCGAGGACCUGAACAUGUCUUCCUCGGAGAAGCUUUGUGCCAUCCUCCGGCUCGGUAUGGGUGCGCGGAGUGGCCUCAAGCAGGCCUUGUCUCGCCCGUUGGCUCCAUCGUGCGAGCCGCACUGUGGAGAGGCAUCUGGAGGCAGCAGCAGCAGCAGCAGCAGCGCAGGUGUAGCCAUGCGGGUGCGGUGCCCACGGAAAUGGUGCCGACAGGCGACCGUCUUCGAUAGGUCCUACCCGGAGUCCAGAUGCUGGAAAUCGGAAAGACAUUUCGGAAGCACGCCGCGCAACGUGUUUGCCUUCCGCUGCCGACGCUGUGGGAUUGCUGUGAGUGCCCGCUGCGCGACUCCCGAAGCGCACGAGGAUGCAGAGUUCCGCGGGCCGUGGCUCGUCGAGGGGGAGGAGGGAGCUGAAAUCGUGCUUUCCUCCGCAUCCCGACGCCUCCAAGUGCUC